GGACAGACGGCCGUUAGUGUUCAAAACCCAAAGCAACAAUUCCUCUCCGACUCCCAACGUUCUUCUAUUUCUCUCUCUAAACUCUAGAGAGAGACACGCACACAUUUGAUAAUGUCGUCCUCACCGCCUCCGGCAUCCCCACCGCCGGCCAACUCCACUUCGCCGCCCCCCGCAGCGGCCGCAGCUCCUCCUCCUGCGGCGAACACGACCUCGCCGCCGCCUUCACCUACUCCAAUCCCACCCGCUGCAUCUCCGCCGGCGCCAGUGGCUCCGGCGGCCUCUCCUCCGCCCCCAGUGGCUCCGGCUCCCUCAACCUCUCCCUCGCCGCCUUCGCCGGCGAAUGCAUCACCGCAGACUCCGGGUUCUUCGUCAUCUCGACCACCGCCGUCUAGUUCCUCGCCGUCUCCUCCUGCGCCGGAGACUCGGUCCCCGCCAGCACCUCGGGGGGCCUCGAGAUCCUCGCCGUCGCCGCCUCCAUCGAGCUCAUCUUCCAGCAUAUCGACAGGUCUUGUUGUUGGGAUCGCCAUUGGCGGUAUUCUCAUUCUUGGUAUCUUGAGCCUUCUGUUUAUAUGUUGCAAAAGAAAGAAGAGAAGAGAAGAAGAUUACUAUACUCAGCCGCCACAUGGCCGUAAAGAUGAUCCAUAUGGUUACCCAUCGCAGCAAUGGCAACAUAAUGCUCCCCCAUCCGGUGGUCAUGUGGUCACAAUGCCACCAAAACCCUCUCCUCCUCCUGCAACUGCAUCCAGGCCACCACACUCACCAGUGCGCCCUCCUACACCCCCGGCUCCUCCCCCACCUCCGUUCAUGAGCAGCAGUGGAGGUUCUGGGUCCAACUAUUCAGGGGGUGGAACCCCUCUCCCUCCACCUUCCCCUGGCAUGGCUUUAGGUUUCUCAAAGAGCACAUUCACAUACGAAGAAUUAGCAAUGGCAACGGAUGGCUUUUCAAAUGCCAACCUCCUUGGGCAAGGUGGUUUUGGGUAUGUUCAUAGGGGUGUCCUUCCAAAUGGGAAAGAAGUUGCUGUUAAACAGUUGAAAGCAGGAAGUGGUCAGGGGGAGCGGGAAUUUCAAGCUGAAGUUGAGAUUAUUAGUCGAGUGCAUCACAAACAUCUUGUUUCGUUAGUUGGAUACUGCAUCACUGGAUCCCAGAGAAUGCUCGUUUACGAGUUCGUUCCAAACAACACCUUGGAGUUCCACUUACAUGGAAAGGGAAGACCUACCAUGAAUUGGCCCACAAGGCUGAGAAUUGCACUAGGUGCUGCAAAAGGACUUGCAUAUCUUCACGAGGACUGCCAUCCUAAAAUUAUUCAUCGGGACAUCAAAACAGCUAAUAUACUUCUGGAUUUCAACUUUGAGGCAAAGGUUGCAGAUUUUGGACUCGCUAAGUUUUCUUCUGAUGCCAACACUCAUGUUUCCACCCGGGUGAUGGGAACUUUUGGAUACAUGGCUCCAGAGUAUGCUUCUUCUGGGAAACUUACGGACAAGUCAGAUGUUUUCUCAUUUGGGGUCAUGCUUUUGGAGUUGAUUACUGGACGCCGACCUGUUGACUCAACUCAAACUUUCAUGGAUGAUAGCUUGGUGGAUUGGGCAAGGCCCUUGCUCACGCGAGCUUUGGAAGACAAAAACUUUGAUACCCUUGUUGAUCCACGGUUGCAAAGGGAAUACAACCAUAAUGAGAUGGCUCACAUGGUUGCUUGUGCUGCUGCCUGCGUCCGUCAUUCUGCACGACGCAGACCACGAAUGAGCCAGGUUGUACGGGCACUAGAAGGAGAUGUUGCUUUGUCUGAUCUUAAUGAAGGAAUGAGACCCGGACACAGCACCAUGUACAGUUCUUUUGGGAGCUCGGACUAUGACACUAGCCAGUACAACGAGGACAUGAAGAAAUUCAGGAAGAUGGCACUGGGAACACGCGACUAUGUGAGCAGUGAGUACAGCGGACUAACUAGCGAAUAUGGGCUGUAUCCAUCCGGCUCUAGUAGCGAAGGCCAACAAACCACUCGAGAAAUGGAGAUGGGAAGGAUGAAAAAGGACAGUCGAGGAGGAGGAGGGUUCAGUGGUAUCUCGUGAUAGCCCAUUUUUUUGUUGUAUUUAUGUUAGCAUAUACCGCAAUCGAGGUGUCGGAUGAUCAAUUCUUUUGUUUGAUGCUUGAAUCUUCUUAAUUAGCUUUCGCUUGGUUGUACAGAUGUGUAUUGAAAAUUCUUCUUCUAUUACUUUGUGCGUGCACUUGACAAUUGUUCGGUUUUCAAAUUGAAAGGCUAAUGGAAUGUGACAUUAUUAUUCUUUUUGGCGUAUAAUGAGGAGGUGGC